GAAUAGAGAGCCCUGUAGAAAUCAACCAGUAACUCUCGAUGGACGGGUGUUUCCAAAUAUGAUCACUUGAAAAAUAUAUCUAGACGGGAAAGAGCUCAUAGACCGACCCCAUCAAUUACCUCACACUCCGAAUUUCCAUCUCUCACAGGAGAGAAAGGAUGAAGAUACAAGAUGUCUUCUUCUUCAACAUCAUCCCCCACUGAAGAGUUCACUCAUUACUAUGCGCAAGAUCAUGCUCUCCAGAAAGUUUCCGUAUCCGUCAUCCAACGAAAUAACCCCGCGGAGGAAGAUACAGGUUACUGGGUAAUCUACAUCCACGGCGGCGCCUGGCGCGACCCCACCGUAACCCUCUCCUCCUUCGACCUCACACAAUCCAUCCUCCUCAAAUCCACCACCGUCCAAGAGAAGAAGAAGAUCUCAGCCUUCGCAUCGAUCGAAUACCGUCUAAGCCCUCACCCGAACUUCCCUCAGGACCCUCACACCACUCCGACCAGAGAACUGCGUCGCGCCCAACACCCAGAUCAUAUCCAUGAUGUUCGCGCCGCGAUCACAUUCCUCCAGACGGAGUAUGGGUUCGGAGAUCGAUAUAUCCUGAUCGGACACAGCUGUGGAGCGACAUUGGCGUUCCAGACCGUCAUGGACAAUCUACCUGGUGUGAAUCCGGACAGCGAUGCAAUGCGACUCAUCAAGCCAAAAGCCAUAGUUGGAGUCGAGGGUAUUUAUGAUUUGAGAUUACUCCGUGAUAAUUACAAGCGGUAUGAUGCAUAUCAGGAAUUCCUGACCGGUGCGUUUGGUCCUGAUGAGGAUCUCUGGGAUGUCGUAUCGCCUGCUAGAGCGUCGUCUUCUUCUUCUUCUUCUGGGAUCCAGCGUAGUUGGGCGGAGGGGAAACUUGUUGUUUUAGCGCAUUCGGUGGAUGAUGAACUUGUGGAUUUUGCGCAGGUUGAUGCGAUGUAUGAUGGGUUGAAGGCGUGGGGAGGGGAAGGGAAUGAGAGACGUGUUGUUACUCUGCGAGAUUUGCAUGGGCUGCAUAAUGAGGUUUGGAGUGCAGGUGAGGAGUUGGCGAGGGUUAUUUCUGUUGCGGUGGAGGAGCUGGUCAGGUUAGAUGAACGUUCUUGAGUGUGUAUAUUCUUUUUGCUACUUCCCCCCUCAUGAUACCAGAUGGAAUGACUUCCCCUAAGUAGUCGAUACGCAUAUUCAGUCUUGUAGGGCUGUGAGGAGAUUGACCAUACCCUUAAGUAUCAUGGAAUAGGAUACCGUGUAUAUAUAUCUCACGACGAAACAUACACAUAAGAGCAAUGACU